AUACCAUGUCCCAGACGUCAUUGUUUAUUAAAAACAUAAUCGCUUGUAUUGAUUUUUCGCUUUUCGAAGUAAUUCGCACAGUUCACAGCUUCUCUCGUCUAAAAUUAACUAGUUUCGUUUUAAAACACUACAAUUGCAAUUAUAAAAAUGAGUGCGAUAGCGCAGCAGGAAAGUUUCAUUAAGGCGAGUUUAUUUCAUUUUAUUGAGAAAAACGUACCAUCAGCCAAUCUAACUGUUAUUGACGAGAUAGUCUUGUCCUAUGUUACUUCGAUUUUAGAACUAGCGUCGCAGGACUCCUGUUUUGAUGUGGAAGGUUUCAUGGAGUUCAUGGCGGGCUACAUUCCCGGCUUCGAGAACAUCAACACGGAGAUGGUGUACGAGUGGUUGGUCCAGGUGGAGGCGGACAUAUCUAGACGCGAUGAGAGUGAUUCCAACUCUAAUCAAGACGAUUCAGCCGGCAGUGGCAAGAUCAGCCUGAAUCUACUGAAUCUGAACGGUAUGCUACCAACAAGCACUAAGAACAAUCGCUCUCAUUCCAACUCCGAAAGCUCUGAAUGCGCGGAGCGUCGUCCUAUCAUAGACACUGAAGAAUAUGCGGAGCAGUGCAGGGCCUUAACUGAGAUGUUCCCGAACACUUGCGCUAUGGAGAUAAAACACUGCGUGUCCAUCGCUUGCGGUGACCCCGAGCGUGCUGCAGCGACUCUAUUACACCGUCGCGAGCAAGGACAAUCACUAUCCGCGGCCGCAAUACACACCGUGGCGAAGCAACCGCUGUGUGACGAUCACGAGAUCAAGAACAGGAUCAUUGCUCGUUACUCCUAUGUGGACAAGGACGCAGAGACAAAAGAGCAUAAGCCGUUAGCUCCUAAAAUCGAGCCGAAGAAAAUGGUCCGCUACAGGGACAAUAAGAUUGUCUCGCUUAAGGGGGAGCGGUACACUGAGGUGCCAAAGUCCGGUAUCGACGAGGAGCAUUUAAAGAAACCCAAAAAACAGCAUUGCCCUUAACCUUUAAAACCACGUCAGUACGGUGAAAAAGCGGAUGCUUGCCGCAUUACCGCGAUACCCCUGUCCUAUUGUCUAUUAUACCCCUCUCCCCGCCCCAAACGCGUAAAUGUGACGCAAACGCAUAACGCGCGUAAUACGCAACGUUUAACGCACGAAAACGCGAAAAGACCGCUCGCGAAACGCACAAAUGUGACAAAAUUACGUACAAAAGUUUACUUCUGCGUCAUUUUGACGCAGCUGUGCGUUUUUGCGCUCAAAUGGCAUGAUAAAACUUGCGUAUCGCGUUUUAACAGUUUUGGUAUUGAUUCAGCAAGUGAUGAAAAAGUUUUGGUUGUUAACAGUUUGGUGCGUUUGUUGCGCGUCACGCGUCGCGUCACGUUUACGCGUAUUCCGUACCUUUACGCGGGGCGUAUAUGUCGUGUUAGUGUUGUAGUUACCGCGCGUGAGUCGCACUUUUUUUACGCGGCGUUUAUUUUAUCCGCUUUUUCAUGUACUGAUUACUUUUCGUCACGUUACGUUCGACGUCGGUAUACGCGACGCAGCUCGUGCGUUGCGUUAUUUUGUUUAAUUCGCGUGUUUAAUUUUAAGCUCUCUAUAAGGCAGCGUGUAUUCAGUAUUAUUUACACUAGCAAUACUAUGGCAUCCGCUUUUGAUAUGCGUACAUGUGUUCAAGUCGAUAGGGGGAAUGUGGUUAACGAAUUUUUGGGAUGUCUGUGUAAGAGUGAUGCCAUAGAUAAUGAAAAAUAUUACUUAUCUGCGGUCGGGGGUGCGCUAAAAUGCCGCAAGAGUACAUGCGCAUAUUACGCAUCGUCUCAGCGGCAUUUUAGCGCCGCUCCCGCCAAAUUUGUAUUCCUCUUAGUUUUAAGCAUAGAGAUCUGUCUCAAACCUGUGAUUUUUAAAUAUUAUUAUUUAAUUAUAAAUGUGAUUUUUAUGAUAGUUUUAUCGUUUUUACACUCAUCUGUGAUUCUGAUGCCAUUGUAUAUUAUAGUCGACCCUUUAAGUGGUUAUGUUUUAAUUCGUACACGUUAUGUCGAAUUUGGCAAUUUUAGUGCGCCGAUUUGGCGCAAUUUAUGAUUGAAAUACUAUUUAGCUUUAAAAUAUGUGUUAGUGAUUUUUAAAUUUCGAAUCAAUAACCGUUCCAUAUUCAAAUGCGUCGACUGUUUGUUGCCAUCGUUAAAAAUGAGAUGCGUUUCGCUUGAUGGUUAUAAAAAGAUAGUAAAAUUUAUGAUUUCGUAUUUAUAAACAAAAAUCUUAAGAAUAUUUGGUGUGAAAUGAAUUUUUGUAGUAUUUAAGGGCAGUUAGCAUCAAGGGGAACGCAGACAAAAUUUUAAAUAGACUUUUAACACAGGGUUGUAAUAAUGCGGUCCAAAUUAAUCCUGUACGACAUAGAUAGAUAAAUAAUUCUGGUUUUAGAUAGGUUUCAAUUGAUUUCUAUAUUAAAUGUAUAGAAAAAUACUUUUUUUCCACUAAAUCACUAACACAUAUCGUAACAAAUUUGACGAUGGAUAGACUGACGUCGCUUACUCAUCCAAUGAGUAAAAUUUGUUUGUUUUUAUUCUUCAAUUGUAUUUUUAAUUGUUUUUUGUUUGUUAACACAAGAUAUUUAAGAAAAAAGACAAAAAAAAUAUACCGGCCGAAUUGAGAAUUCCUCGGCGGGCUCCUUUUUUUUUUGAAGUCGCUAAAUAAUUGGAUUUUUCGUAUAAAAAUUUCUCCAGUUUUUAGAGUUCAUCCUAUUUUUUAAACUGGUAACAAAAAUAGAUGACAGUUGUUAUUAUUAAAAAAAAUUGACAAUUAAAAAUGACGUUAAAAUUAAGUAGUAUUUCCUUACAAAAGUAUAUUAUUUGCUUGAUAACAUACUUAGAGCUAGCGCGCAAGAGCAACUUUUGUCUCCUUCACUAUUUAGUC